AUAGACAAUUUCCAACGCAUAACACUCACUAUAUCUCAAAUAAGUAGGCUCAGCUCUUGGGUACCUUGAUGUCUUCGAUAACUAGGCGAUAACAUCGUUUACCUCCAACACUACUGGAACAAAAUGGCGCUUUGAAUUAAAUUCAUAUAUUGGAUGAUUCAGUGCUAGAGAGAGGAGAGCAGAGGUGAUCAAAAUGAAUCGAGAUAGGAUUUCCUAUUACUAUGACCAAGAAAGGUCUGGAAAUCCAGUCUUCACAGUUCAAAAUGAUGUCGGCCGUCAUAGAACCAGGCACAACCGGCACUCAUCAAGACCGAAUCAUGACUGGGAAGAACCAACAUAUCACGCCAAUUGGAAGUUUAAUAGAAAUUCUUCUGAAUCUGAUCGACGACAUUCAGAAUUGAGAUUAAACGCAAACAAAAACAAAUUUGGUUCUUCUCAUGAAACAAAUUUCAGAGAGAAUUCAUCUAAGAGACACGGUCAGAUGAGACCUCCAAAUCUAACCGAUUUUAAGCAACACUCGAUGGAACAAGCACUUCAUAAUUUCCCGGAGAUGACCUAUAUGGAAGGGAAUGAAACAAACAGAAGUCGGAAAAUUGCAAUUUGUUCAGUAAUUGUUCUCAUUGUUCUCUCAAUGUUAAUCAUCCUUGGAGCCGGUAUUUAUGUCAUCAUUUCAUUCUUAGGUCCACUUUCUACAUCUUCAUCAGCGGGAACGACAGCCCAAACUUUACUUCCAGUCACUCCAAGGCCAGUAAUGGUUGUCGUUGUUGGAGUAGAAUUAGAUGCAACAGUGAGCUUAUCAAAUCGAGCUUUCAUACCUGCCUACAACAAUGACUUAUCACCUCAAUACCAAGAGCUUUCUCUCAACUUCACAAACACGAUGGAUGCGGUGUUUUACAACAGCGAUCUGAGGGGAAUUUACAACGGUACAACUGUCAAUGGAUUCAGUGCUGGGAGUGUCGUUGUUAACUUCACCAUCAACCUAAUACAAGCACCGACAGUGCCGACACAGGACCCGUCCGGUUCGACAGCACAACCACCAGGCGAUGGGGGCAUCGAUGACCAGAUCAGUGCAGUCAGAGGGCAAGUUGAAGUGUCCAUCAAGGAAGUCAUUCAGAUUGCCGAGAACAAUGGAGAACUCACAACUCUUGGUGUCGAUUCGACCUCGCUUGCCGUUACUAAAGUAUCUGUAGAUGUGGAAACUCAAACGGUCUCCGAAGCUCCUACAACGGUUAUUCCUUCUACACCAUCUCCAGAUCAAGAACCACCUGUCAUUGAGUGUCCUGAUGAUGUCACAGCAGAGACAGAUCCUGGGGCUGCUUAUGGAUUUGUAUCAUGGACCAAUCCAACAGCAACAGACAAUUCAGGAGAUGUUACCGUGGAAGUGGAUUUUGUCCCUGGUCAGUUACCCAUUGGAAGCCGCAACGUCACAGCCACUGCCACGGAUUCCUCAGGAAAUUCUGCACAGUGUGUAUUUGUUGCAACAGUUGUCGAUGUUGAGGCACCUGUCGCCAUCUGCCCUGAUAACAUCACGAGAAGCACAGAUUUAGGUCAGGCAUAUGCCACGGUAUCUUGGAGCAGUCCUCGUGGCACAGACAACUCGGGAACCAUAUCUGGUAUCACCACAGAUCUGGAUGAAGGGCAGUUUGAGAUUGGCAGUCAUGAAAUCACUGUGACAGUGGUUGAUCCUGCUGGUCUGGAAGGACAGUGCACCUUUGAUAUUGUUGUGCAAGAUAAUGAGGCACCAGCAGUAGAAUGUCCUGCCACAAUUGAAAUUGGCACAGAUGCUGGCGGUCCAUCAUCUAUUGUCACAUGGAAUGUCUCAGCUGAAGAUAAUUCUGGUUCAGUACCUAGUAUUUCAUCAUCGCCAUCUUCUGGGGAUGUCUUUACAAUUGGUACCCACACUGUCAAUGUCACAGCUCUUGAUGAAAGUGGCAACAUGGGACAGUGUUCAUUUAGUAUUGUAGUAUUAGAUACCGAACUGCCUGUCAUCAACUGCCCGGCAAACAUAAUUCAACCAACAGACUCAGGAAGCUCGUCUGCUUCUGUCACAUGGCAAGUCACAAGUACAGAUAAUUCAGGGGAAACCCCUACCACUACAUCAUCAACUGGUCCAGGCUUGUUUUCAGUGGGUUCUGUAGUAAUUAUUACCAUGGCAACAGAUUCUUCAGGAAACACUGCAUCGUGUAACUUCACUGUCCAGAUAAUUGAUGAGGAAGCUCCAACGAUCUCAUGCCCAGACAACAUAACAGUUACAACUGAUGUGGGUGCAUCUUCAGCUAUUGUUACUUGGGUGGGACCAUUUGCAUCAGACAACUCUGGCCAAACAACUGUGCAGACAGAUCGCUCACCAGGCCUCUUACCUAUUGGGAUCCAGAUGGUCAAUAGUACAGCAGUGGAUGAGGCUGGAAAUGAGGCUCAAUGUAGUUUCUGGGUGAAUGUUCAAGAUUUGGAGAAUCCAAUAGUGUCCUGCCCAUCAGACAUUACAGCUGAACUGGCAGCAAGUCCUGUUUUGUGGGAUGCCACUGCUACUGAUAACUCGGAGGAAAUUGCUAAUCUCAGCAGUAGUCCCUUACCUGCAGAUCUAAUCCUUGGGGAGAACAUAGUGACAGUGAUAGCAGUGGACCCCUCUGGCAACAAAGCCGAGUGCAAUUUUACUGUCACUUUAACUGAUACCACUGCACCAAGUAUCACCUGUCCUGCUGAUGUCUUGGCCACUGUGGCUACUGAUGAAUCAAGUAUGACCCUCACCUGGGAUGAACCUUCAGCUACAGACCUCUCUGGUGAUGUCACAGUCACAGUUUCUCAUUCUCCUGGAGUUUAUACUAUCGGUCAAAUCACCGUGACAGCCAAUGCAACAGAUUCUUCAGGAAACCAAGCAAAUUGUGUCUUUCUGUUGACAAUUCAAGAUUUGCAACAUCCCAUGAUAAGUAAUUGCCCAGCUUCUAUAUCCGUAAACACUGAUAGUGGACUAGCCACUGCAGUGGUUAAUUGGACAUCACCAUCAGCAUCAGAUAAUUCUGGCUCUGUUUCUCUGACCUCCAACUACUACCCUGGGGAUACCUUUCCUAUUGGAAGCACUCGUGUGACUUACACCGCGACUGAUAGCUCAGGGAAUUUCGUCAUGACUUGUACUUUUGACAUUGCAGUAAAUGAUAAUGAAAGACCUAUAAUAUCUGGGUGUCCAAGCGCAAUCUCAGUGAAUACAGACAGUGGUGUUGCAUCAUGGGCUGCAAAUUGGACAGAACCUACAGCUACAGACAACUCUGGCAUACAGACAUUGAUCUCAGAUUAUUAUCUUGGCUAUCCCAUGCCUAUUGGCUCUACUACAGUGACAUACACAUCAACAGAUGUCACAGGAUACAGUGCUACUUGCAUGUUUGUAGUGACAGUCAUUGAUAAUGAAAGACCAAUUAUUUCAGGAUGUCCAAGCUCUGUUACGUUGAAUGCAGAUAAUGACAAGUCUACAGCAACCGUUAUGUGGACAGAACCAACUGCUUCAGAUAAUUCGGGAUUUCAGAAUUUGACAUCAGAUUAUAGUUCUGGAAGUUCUUUUCCUGGUGGAACUACCAAUGUAACUUACAUAUCUACUGAUAAUGCUGGAAAUACCCAGAUUUGCAGUUUUGAUGUAACUGUUAUUGGUAAUGCAUCAGUUACAAUUUCAGGAUCAUUAGCCAUUGCUGGUACAUUCACUGCUGAAUUGGCGGAUUCAAGUUCUGAACUCUUCCAGAGUACAGCUGCUAAUCUUGUUAGAGGGUUUGAUGUCAUUUUUGAGCCACUAGGAUCACAGUACUUAGGAAGUACUGUCAAUGGUUUUAGCAAUGGAAGCAUUUUUUCAAGCUUCACAGUCAACCUAGGUGGUUUGAUAGAGAGUAAUGAUACUGAUCCUGUUAAGUCUACCACUGAAUUAGUAAGUAAUUCAAUCAACAAAGGAAUUGAAGGUGGUUCAUUUGGAGAUUUGCCUGUUGUGCCUGGAUCUUCUUCUAUCCCAGCAGACACUGAGCCUCCAAUUAUCCGUAACUGUCCAGACCCGCUUCCUUAUUCAACUGAUUUGGGCCAAUAUUCUGGAACUGCUAUCUGGACAGUACCUAUGGCUACUGAUAACUUUGGGAUCAUUGACUCUAUAGUUUCAAAUUACAAGCCAGGAGAUUCAUUCCCUGUUGGUAGUACCUUGGUAACCUACACAUUUACAGAUGCCUCAAGAAAUAAUGCUUCCUGUAUUUUCAUUGUCACAGUGAAAGAUACCGAGGCUCCUGUCGUUAGUAAUUGCCCAAGUUCGCUCACCUUCCAAGCUGACAAUGGGCAGUCAAUGGGAACUGCUAUAUGGUCAAUGCCUACAGCAUCAGAUAAUUCUGGUAUGAAUGUUACAAUGACAUCAAAUUAUGAUUCAGAAGAUUCCUUCCCUAUUGGCAGUACAACAGUGACCAUAUCAUUUGAAGAUAGUUCAGGAAACACUGCUUAUUGUAGUUUCAAUGUAACAAUUAUUGGUAAUGCAUCAUUUACUGUUGAUGGAUCAUUGACAAUUGCUGGUAUGUUCUCAUCUGACCUGAAUGACCCUACUACGGUACUCUACCAGAACACGGCUGGUGGUCUUGUUAAUGGAUUCAAUGCUAUAUUGGAGCCCCUAGGAUCCCAGUAUUUAGGGGUAAUUGUGACAGGAUUCAUGAAUGGAAGCAUUGAUGCAGGAUUUUCAGUAAUCCUGGAUAGUUUGAUAGAGCAUAAUGGCAGCAAUCCUUUGGUUGCCACAAGAGAAUCAAUCAAGAAUUCUAUCGAAAAUGGAAUAGGAAAUGGGGCAUUUGGAGAUUUGCCAGUUGUUCCAGGAUCUUUAUCUGUCUAUCAAGAUGAGGAAAAUCCAGUAAUCAGUGAAUGUCCUAGUGAUCAAGAUGUCAACACAGACAGUGGAAAUGCUACAGCUUUAGUUACCUGGACACCACCUACAGCAACAGAUAAUUCUGGUACUCAGACACUGACAUCUACAGCCAAUCCUGUAGAUUACUUCCCUAUUGGAAAUACCACUGUGAAGUAUACAUCAACAGAUGCAUCAGGAAAUACAGAUGUAUGCACUUUCUACAUCACUGUCAUAGAUUCUGAGAAUCCUGUCAUUAGUGGAUGUCCAAGUAAUCAAGAUGUCAGCACAGACAGUGGUAAUGCUACAGCUUUAGUAACCUGGACACCACCUACAGCAACAGAUAAUUCUGGUAACCAGACGCUGACAUCCACUGCUAAUACUGGAGGUUACUUCCCUAUUGGAAACAUCUCGGUGACUUACACCUCAAAAGAUGUUGCUGGAAAUACAGAUACAUGUACUUUCUACAUAUCUGUUACUGAUAAUGAGAAUCCAGUCAUCAGUGGAUGUCCAAGUAAUCAAGAUGUCAGCACAAACAGUGGUAGUGCUACAGCUUUAGUAACCUGGGCACCACCUACAGCAACAGAUAAUUCUGGUAACCAAACUCUGAUAUCCACUGCCAAUCCUGGAGACUACUUUCCUAUUGGAAACAACACAGUGACCUACACUUCAGCAGAUCCAUCAGGAAAUACAGAUGUAUGCACUUUCUAUGUCACUGUCAUUGACAAUGAUAAUCCAGUCAUCACUGGAUGCCCCAGUGAUCAGAAUGUUACCACAGACAUUGGUAAUGCUACAGCUGUUGUAACCUGGACACCACCUACAGCAACAGAUAAUUCUGGUAACCAGACACUGAUAUCCACUGUUAAUCCUGGAGAUUACUUACCCAUUGGAAACAACAUAGUGAAUUACACCUCAACAGAUGCUGCUGGAAAUACAGAUACAUGUACUUUCUAUAUAUCUGUUACUGACAAUGAAGAUCCAGUCUUCAGUGGAUGUCCAAGUAAUCAAGAUGUCAACACAGACAGUGGUAAUGCUACAGCUUUAGUUACCUGGACACCACCUACAGCAACAGAUAAUUCUGGUACUCAGACACUGACAUCCACUGCCAAUCCUGGAGAUUACUUCCCUAUUGGAAACAACACAGUGAAUUACACAUCAACAGAUGCUGCUGGAAAUACAGAAUUCUGCACCUUUUAUGUGGAUGUAACUGAUGAUGAGUCUCCUGUUAUCAGUGGAUGUCCAAGUAAUUCAAACAUCACUGCAAACAUUGGUAAUGUGACAGCUGUUGUAACCUGGACAUCACCUACAGCAACAGAUAAUUCUGGUAAUCAAACACUGACAUCCACUGCCAAUCCUGAAGAUUACUUCCCCAUUGGAAACAACACAGUGAAAUACACAUCAACAGAUGCAUCAGGAAAUACAGAUGUAUGCACUUUCUAUGUCAUUGUCAUUGACAAUGAGAAUCCAGUCAUCAGUGGAUGUCCCAGUGAUCAGAAUGUUAGCACAGACAUUGGUAAUGCUACAGCUGUAGUAACCUGGACACCACCUACAGCAACAGAUAACUCUGGUAAUCAGACACUGACAUCCACUGCCAAUCCUGGAGAUUACUUUCCUAUUGGAAACAACACAGUGAAUUACACAUCAACAGAUGCAUCAGGAAAUACAGAUGUAUGCACUUUUAAUGUCAUUGUCAUUGACAAUGAGAAUCCAGUCAUCAGUGGAUGUCCCAGUGAUCAGAAUGUUACCACAGACAUUGGUAAUGCUACAGCUGUUGUAACCUGGACACCACCUACAGCAACAGAUAACUCUGGUAAUCAGACACUAACAUCCACUGUUAAUCCGGGAGAUUACUUUCCUAUUGGAAACAACACAGUGACCUACACAUCAACAGAUGCUUAUGGAAAUGUAGAACUAUGUUCUUUUAACGUAGUUGUAAUAGACAGAGAAAAUGCCAUGAUAAGUGGCUGUCCAAGUAAUCAGGAUGUCAACACAGACAUUGGUAAUGCUACAGCUGUAGUAACCUGGACACCACCUACAGCAACUGAUAACUCUGGUAACCAAACACUGACAUCCACUGCCAAUCCUGGAGAUUACUUCCCUAUUGGAAACAACUCAGUGACUUACUUUGCAACUGAUGUGGCUGGAAAUUCAGAAACGUGCACCUUCAUCAUAGUUGUUUCUGACAAUGAGAAUCCAGUCAUUAGUGGAUGUCCUAGUGAACAGAAUGCUACCAAAGCCAUUGGUAAUGCUACAGCUAAAAUAACCUGGACACCACCUACAGCAACAGAUAACUCUGGUAACCAAACACUGACUUCUUCCUCCAAUCCUGGAGAUUUCUUCCCUAUUGGAAAUACCACAGUGAAUUAUACUUCGACAGAUCCGUCAGGAAAUACAGAUGUAUGCACUUUCUAUGUCAUUGUCAUUGACAAUGAGAAUCCAGUCAUCAGUGGAUGUCCCAGUGAUCAGAAUGUUACCACAGACAUUGGUAAUGCUACAGCUGUAGUAACCUGGACACCACCUACAGCAACAGAUAACUCUGGUAAUCAGACACUGACAUCCACCGCCAAUCCUGGAGAUUACAUUCCUAUUGGAAACAACACAGUGACCUACACAUCAACAGAUGCAUCAGGAAAUACAGAUGUAUGCACUUUUAAUGUCGUUGUCAUUGACAAUGAGAAUCCAGUCAUCAGUGGAUGUCCCAGUGAUCAGAAUGUUACCACAGACAUUGGUAAUGCUACAGCUGUAGUAACCUGGACACCACCUACAGCAACAGAUAACUCUGGUAAUCAGACACUGAUAUCCACUGUUAAUCCUGGAGAUUACUUCCCUAUUGGAAACAGCACAGUGACCUACACAUCAACAGAUGCUUAUGGAAAUGUAGAACUAUGUUCUUUUAACGUAGUUGUAAUAGACAGAGAAAAUGCCAUGAUAAGUGGCUGUCCAUGUGAUCAGAAUGUCAACACAGACAUUGGUAAUGCUACAGCUGUAGUAACCUGGACACCACCUACAGCAACAGAUAAUUCUGGUAACCAGACACUGACAUCCACUGCCAAUCCUGGAGAUUACUUCCCUAUUGGAAACAACUCAGUGACUUACUUUGCAACCGAUGUGGCUGGAAAUUCAGAAACGUGCACCUUCAUCAUAGUUGUUUCUGACAAUGAGAAUCCAGUCAUCAGUGGUUGUCCUAGUGAUCAGAAUGUUACCACAGACAUUGGUAAUGCUACAGCUGUAGUAACCUGGACACCACCUACAGCAACAGAUAAUUCUGGUAAUCAGACACUGAUAUCCACUGCCAAUCCUGGAGAUUACUUUCCUAUUGGAAACAACACAGUGACCUACACAUCAACAGAUCCAUCAGGAAAUACAGAUGUAUGCACUUUCUAUGUCAUUGUCUUUGACAAUGAGAAUCCAGUCAUCAGUGGAUGUCCCAGUGAUCAGAAUGUUAGCACAGACAUUGGUAAUGCUACAGCUGUAGUAACCUGGACACCACCUACAGCAACAGAUAACUCUGGUAAUCAGACACUGACAUCCACUGCCAAUCCUGGAGAUUACUUCCCUAUUGGAAACAACACAGUUUCUUACACGUCAACAGAUUCUGCUGUGAAUAUAGUAACAUGUACUUUUGAUUUAGUUGUUUCAGACAAUGAGAAUCCAGUCAUCAGUGGAUGUCCCAGUGAUCAGAAUGUUACCGCAAACAUUGGUAAUGCUACAGCUGUAGUAACCUGGACACCACCUACAGCAACAGAUAACUCCGGUGACCAGACACUGACAUCUACUGCCAAUCCUGGAGAUUACUUUCCUAUUGGAAACAACACAGUGACCUACACAUCAACAGAUGCUUAUGGAAAUGUAGAAAUAUGUUCUUUUCAUGUAGUUGUGAUAGAUUCAUGUGACUUGAAUCAUUUUUCAUGUGGCUUACCUGUGUGUUUGCCUAAUGAGUGGCUCUGUGAUGGUGUACCAGACUGUCCUGACAAAAGUGAUGAAAAUAAUUGUAGUAGUUUACCAGCUGUGGUUAACUCACCAACCUGUGGACUCACUCCAGCAAUCACAUCUCGGAUUGUUGGUGGGACUGAUGCCCUUUAUGGUCAGUGGCCUUGGAUUGCUUCUCUCUCCGUAAGGGUUAGAGACUUACCUUUUUAUCAUUUAUGUGGAGCUACUCUGAUAUCUGAUCAGUGGGCUAUGACAGCAGCACAUUGUGUGCACCCACCUGUAUUUGAGCUCAUUGCUGAUAAACUUCUUGUAGGUGACAUUGAUCUUUACGGUUCUGGAGCUACCAGAGAGUUACUAGAUAUUGAAAGUGUUUAUGUACACCCAGCAUUCAAUGAGUUUGUUAUUGACUACGAUGUUGCCCUGAUCAAGCUUUCAGCACCAGUUGAGAUAGGAGAUUAUAUCAGUCCUGUUUGCUUAGAGACCUCUUCGGAAGAAAGCAGUUUAUACAGUCAAUGCAUAUCUAUUGGAUGGGGAUCCACUGUAAGCGGAGGGUCUUUAUCACCAUCACUGCAGGAGGCUACAUUUGAUCUCAGAGAAAUUGAAGAAUGUAGAAAUAUCACAGGCGAUGAUAAAUUGACUGAAAACAAUAUUUGUGCCUGGGACCCAAGAGGAGGGGUUUCAAUCUGUCGAGGUGAUUCAGGUAGCUCACUUAUGUGUCAAGAGUACAGUGGAACUUGGAGAUUGGUUGGAAUUACAAGCGCUAAUUAUGGAUGUGCUGAUGCCAACAAUCCUGGAGUGAACAACUUACCUGACAUCUACACACGUGUGUCUAAACAUUGGGACUGGGUUAACUCUGUAAUAGAAGGAACACCCAUUUAUAGAUGUGAGGACAUUGUUUUUCCAUCGUGUACAGCAGUGUUACCAUAUGACAGAACCUAUUCUACCAGCCAAACUCCAUCUUAUGAGUUUAUACUUGAUAAUUUGAAUGAGAUAGAUAACAAGACUUGUCAUAGAAACCUAGAAGCCCUAGUUUGUGGUAGCACUUUCAAGGAAUGCCAUGUAGAUGGUCCUGGUAGGAUACCAUGUAGACAGAUGUGUGAAGAGGUUAAAAUGGCAUGUUAUGCAGAGCUUCAAGUCUUUGGAUUAUAUUUGGACAGACUCUUACCAUGUGAUUUAUUUCCUUCAGGACCAAGUAACGACACAUUACUAUGUGAAUAUGGUGUGGACUAUUCCUGUGGAAAUACAAAUUUGAUAGUCUCAAGAACUGUGCCAGCAACGAUUACUAACCCUAGCUUCCCAUCAUAUGGAAAUGACCGCCAUAGCUGCACAUGGUUUGUAUCCGUCUCCGAUCCUACCAAUGUCCUCCUGAUAAAGUUUCUAACGGUUAACAUUGACUUUAUCGUAGGAACACUUCUUGUUGGAGAGGGUAAUGAUAGUGCCAACUUGACUUCUGUGAUAUAUGAAGUGAGGACUAGUAGUACACCCAUCGAGACAGGACUAGGGUCAAUUUGGUUGUCAUACGCUUCCACAUUCUCUAGUAAAGGAUUCGAAUUACAGCUCUGGGCUGUCCAGUCAGGUUCUACAGAUUUCUGUAGCAACUCUAGUUCUGUAGCUUGUUCAUUAGGUUUUAGCUGUGUCCCAGAGGAAUGGGUCUGUGAUGGGAUUGCUGACUGUGAGAGUUUUGAAGAUGAGCUAAACUGUACUGUUCCUUUGAAUUGUCCUGAUGGUUAUAUGAGUUGUCAGAGUAAUGAGCAGUGCAUCCUAUCAUCAUGGCUAUGUGAUGAUUUCUAUGACUGUCUGGAUGACUCAGAUGAAGCAGACUGUCCUACAAUCCAAAGCUGUCCCUCAGAUGGUGUUGAAACUAUUCCUGCCUCGAUGCCCUUCUCCAUCAUGUCUGACAACUACCCUAUGAACUAUCCCAUCAAUUUUGAAUGCUUAUGGCUUCUCCAAGCUGAUGCUAACCAUUCUUUAGUCAUUGACAUCCUUGACUUCACAUUGGAAAGUGGAUAUGACUAUCUCUACAUUGGACUUGGUCACAAUCAAUCAAAUGAAAACUCUGUUGUCCUUGAGCUAACUGGAUCUAUAACUCCAACAAGAUAUUAUCUUGGAAUGAAGUUGUAUCUUCAAUUUUUAUCUGAUUCAUCUGUUUCACGAUCUGGGUUCUCAUUGAAUGUGACAUCAAUUCCAUUUGACUUAACUGAAUCUUGUGAUGUAGACCAGAGAGUUCCAAUAGGAUCUGAUUGUGAUGGAGUAAUAGAUUGUUUUGAUAAUUCAGAUGAACUUGGAUGUGUUUCAAUCGAUGGAUCAUUUAUGAUUGCUGGUAUAUUUUCAUCUGAUCUGAAUGACCCCUCUACAGUACUCUACCAGAAUACAUCUUCAAGCAUUAUCAAUGGUAUGGAUACUGUCUUUGAAUCACUAGGACCUCUGUAUUUUGGAGCAAUGGUCACAGGUUUCAGGAAUGGAAGCAUCACUACACACUUCCAAGUUCAACUGAAUAGUUUGAUAGAAAGUAAUGAUACCAAUCCUUUGAUGGCUACUCAACAACUGAUCAGUGAUUCUAUCAAGAACGGAGUAAGGAAUGGGGUAUUUGGAGUCUUGCCUGUCAUUAAUGGAUCUCUUGUUAUAUAUCAAGACUCAAGCUGUCCCUCAGAUAGUGUUCAAACUGUUCCUGCCUCCAUGCCUUACUACAUCAUUUCUGAAAACUACCCAAUGGACUAUGAUAAUAACCUGGACUGUUUGUGGCUUCUCCAAGCUGAUGCUAAUCAUUCUUUAGUCAUUGACAUCCUUGACUUCACAUUGGAAAGUGGAUAUGACUAUCUCUACAUUGGACUUGGUCACAAUCAAUCAACUAAUAACUCUGUUGUCCUUGAGCUAACAGGAUCUAUAAGUCCAACUAGAUACUAUCUUGGAAUGAUGUCAUAUCUUCAAUUUGUAUCUGAUUUUUUGUUUACACAAUCUGGGUUCUCAUUGAAUGUGACAUCCAUUCCAUUUGUAUUAACUGAAUCAUGUGAUGCAGACCAGAGAGUUCUGGUAGGAUCUAAUUGUGAUGGAGUCAUGGAUUGUUUUGAUAAGUCAGAUGAAUUUGAAUGUGGCACAAGCUGUCCCUCCAACAAUAGUAUUCAGACUAUUCCUUCCUCGAUGCCUUACUCCAUCAUUUCUGACAAUUACCCUUUUAAUUACAACAAUAAUUUUGAGUGUUUAUGGCUUCUCCAAGCUGCUGCUAACCAUUCUUUAGUCAUUGAUAUCCUGGUCUUCACAUUGGAAAGUGGAUAUGACUAUCUCUACAUUGGACUUGGUCACAAUCAAUCAACUGAUAACUCUGUUGUUCUUGAGCUAACUGGAUCUAUAGCCCCAACCAGAUACUAUCUUGGAAUCAGGUCAUAUCUUCAAUUUGUAUCUGAUUUUUCUAUUUCACGGUCCGGUUUCUUAUUGAUUGUGGCAUCCAUUACAUUAGAACCUAAUAUUUCACUCUCAGCUGGAGAAAUGUACAAUCUGUCAUCACCUGGAUAUCCUUCCAACUAUGACAACAAUCUUAACCUGGUAUGGACCAUAUUAGCACCUUCAGAUUAUCGCAUCAUUAUAUACACAACAAGCAUCAGCACAGAACUUGAAUAUGAUUUUCUGUAUAUUGGCAAGGGAUUGACCUUUGACCUCAACAAUCUCUUAAUAGAGUUUACAGGGUAUUAUGAUAGGAGUUUAGAAGUUCUUCUGCCUGGGAAUAAAGCUUUUGUCAGCUUCACUAGUGACUCCAGUAAUACAAGACAGGGAUUCUUCCUUGAAUUGUCAACUUCUGAUCAACCAGCCGGUGAUUGUGGGAAUUCUCUUAUGUCCUGUAACUCAUCAGAUGUCUGUAUUUCUGCCUCAGCAUUUUGUGAUGGUCUAUCUGGUUGCAUUAAUGAAGAUGAUGAGAUAAAUUGUGAUGCCAGCUGUCCGUCGGAUGGUCUUCAAACUAUUCCUGCAUCAACACCUUUAUCCAUCAUUUCUGACAACUACCCUCUAGCCUAUAGCAAUUUAAUAAAGUGCUUAUGGCUUCUCCAAGCUGAAGAUAACCAUUCCCUGGUCAUUGACAUCCUUGACUUCACAUUGGAAAAUGGAUAUGACUACCUCUACAUUGGACUUGGACACAAUCGAUUAGAUGAGAACUCUGUUAUCCUUGAGCUUACUGGAUCUAUAACUCCAACAAGGUACUAUCUUGGAAUGCAGACAUAUCUCUACUUUGUCACAGAUUCUUCACAGACGCGAUCUGGGUUCUCAUUGAAUAUCACAUCUAUUCCGUUCGAAUUAACUGAAUCUUGUGAUGUAGACCAGAGAGUUCCAAUAGGAUCUGAUUGUGAUGGAGUAAUAGAUUGUUUUGAUAAUUCAGAUGAACUUGGAUGUGUUUCAAUCGAUGGAUCAUUUAUGAUUGCUGGUAUGUUUUCAUCUGAUCUGAAUGACCCCUCUACAGUACUCUACCAGAAUACAUCUUCAAGCAUUAUCAAUGGUAUGGAUACUGUCUUUGAAUCACUAGGACCUCUGUAUUUUGGAGCAAUGGUCACAGGUUUCAGGAAUGGAAGCAUCACUACACACUUCCAAGUUCAACUGAAUAGUUUGAUAGAAAGCAAUGAUACCAAUCCUUUGAUGGCUACUCAACAACUGAUCAGUGAUUCUAUCAAGAAUGGAGUAAGGAAUGGGGUAUUUGGAAUCUUGCCUGUCAUUAAUGGAUCUCUUGUUAUAUAUCAAGACUCAAGCUGUCCCUCAGAUAGUGUUCAAACUGUUCCUGCCUCCAUGCCUUACUACAUCAUUUCUGAAAACUACCCAAUGGACUAUGAAAAUAAUCUGAACUGUUUGUGGCUUCUCCAAGCUGAUGCUAACCAUUCUUUAGUCAUUGACAUCCUUGACUUCACAUUGGAAAGUGGAUAUGACUAUCUCUACAUUGGACUUGGUCACAAUCAAUCAACUAAUAACUCUGUUGUUCUUGAGCUAACAGGAUCUAUAGCUCCUACAAGAUACUAUCUUGGAAUGAAGUCAUAUUUGCAAUUUGUAUCUGAUUCAUCUGAUUCACGAUUUGGGUUCUUAUUGAAUGUGACAUCAAUUCCAUUUGAAUUUACUGAAUCUUGUGAUGGAGACCAGAGAGUUCAGGUAGGAUCUAGUUGUGAUGGUGUCAUAGAUUGUUUUGAUAAUUCAGAUGAACUUGGAUGUGACUCAAGCUGUCCCUCAGAUAGUGUUCAAACUAUUCCUGCCUCCAUGCCUUACUACAUCAUGUCUAAAAACUACCCAAUGGACUAUGAUAAUAACCUGGACUGUUUGUGGCUUCUCCAAGCUGAUGCUAAUCAUUCUUUAGUCAUUGACAUCCUUGACUUCACAUUGGAAAGUGGAUAUGACUAUCUCUACAUUGGACUUGGUCACAAUCAAUCAAAUGAGAACUCUGUUGUCCUUGAGCUAACAGGAUCUAUAAGUCCAACUAGAUACUAUCUUGGAAUGAUGUCAUAUCUUCAAUUUGUAUCUGAUUUUUUGUUUACACAAUCUGGGUUCUCAUUGAAUGUGACAUCCAUUCCAUUUGUAUUAACUGAAUCAUGUGAUGCAGACCAGAGAGUUCUGGUAGGAUCUAAUUGUGAUGGAGUCAUUGAUUGUUUUGAUAAGUCAGAUGAAUUUGAAUGUGGCACAAGCUGUCCCUCCAACAAUAGUAUUCAGACUAUUCCUUCCUCGAUGCCUUACUCCAUCAUUUCUGACAAUUACCCUUUUAAUUACAACAAUAAUUUUGAGUGUUUAUGGCUUCUCCAAGCUGCUGCUAACCAUUCUUUAGUCAUUGAUAUCCUGGUCUUCACAUUGGAAAGUGGAUAUGACUAUCUCUACAUUGGACUUGGUCACAACCAAUCAACUAAUAACUCUGUUGUCCUUGAGCUAACUGGAUCUAUAGCCCCAACCAGAUACUAUCUUGGAAUGAGGUCAUAUCUUCAAUUUGUAUCUGAUUUUUCUAUUUCACGCUCCGGUUUCUUAUUGAAUGUGGCAUCCAUUACAUUAGAAUUAACCGAAUCUUGUGACGCAGACCAGAGAGUUCCAGUAGGAUCUAAGUGUGAUGGAGUCAUGGAUUGUUUUGAUAAUUCAGAUGAACUUGGAUGUGCUAAUAUUUCACUCUCGGUUGGAGAAAUGUACAAUCUGACAUCACCUGGAUAUCCUUCCAACUAUGACAACAAUCUUAACCUGGUAUGGACCAUAUUAGCACCUUCAGAUUAUCGCAUCAUUAUAUACGCAACAAGCAUCAGCACAGAACCUGAAUAUGAUUUUCUGUAUAUUGGCAAGGGAUUGACCUUUGACCCCAACAAUCGUUUAGUGGAGUUUACAGGGUAUUAUGAUAAGAGUUUAGAAGUUCUUCUGCCUGGGAAUAAAGCUUUUAUCAUCUUCACUAGUGAUUUUAGUACUACCAGACAGGGAUUCUUCCUUGAAAUAUCAACUUCUAGUGAACCAGCCGGGAAUUGUGGGAAUUCUCUUAUGUCCUGUAGCUCAUCAGAUGUCUGUAUUUCUGCCUCAGCUUUUUGUGAUGAAAUGUCUGGUUGCAUUAAUGGAGAUGAUGAGAUUAAUUGUGAUUCAAGCUGUCCCUCAGAUGGUGUUCAAUCUAUUCCUGCCUCGUUGCCUUACUACAUCCUUUCUGACAACUACCCAAUGGACUAUGAAAAUAACUUGAACUGUUUGUGGCUUCUCCAAGCUGAUGCUAACCAUUCUUUAGUCAUUGACAUCCUUGAUUUCACAUUGGAAAGUGGAUAUGACUAUCUCUACAUUGGACUGGGUCACAAUCGAGCAAAUGAGAACACUGUUGUCCUUGAGCUAACUGGAGUUCUAGCCCCAACAAGGUACUAUCUUGGAAUGCAGACAUAUCUCUACUUUGUUACAGAUUUUACACAGACGCGAUCUGGGUUCUCAUUGAAUAUCACAUCUAUUCCGUUUGAAUUAACUCUAUCUUGUGAUGCAGACCAGAGAGUUCUAAUGGGAUCUGAUUGUGAUGGAGUCAUAGAUUGUUUUGACAUUUCAGAUGAACUUGGAUGUGUGUGCACAGAUGAACAGUUCCAAUGCUCAAAUGGUCUAUGCCGCCCUCUAUCAGACAUAUGUAACAGAGAAAUGGAUUGUGAUGAUUUUGGAGAUGAAGAGGACUGUCCACGCUGUGAGUCUAUUCAAGAGAGUUCUUGCUCAAGUAUCCUCCCAUAUAAUCAGACGUACUAUCCAAGCAAUGUAGACAACCAAACACUUGCACUUGAAAGCUUGAGUAUUCUAACUAAUGCCACCAUGUGUCACCCUGAUGCACAUCUCUUCCUGUGUGCAUACCUCUUCCCUGAAUGCAUCCACGAUGGACCAACGGCCAGGCCAUGUCAGAUGACUUGUCAAGCUGUUGAGAGUGCAUGCUUAUCUUCUUUUGAGAGUUUAACUGGUCUCCCAUGGUCAGUUAAUUGUGAAGAGUUUAGUGAUGAUAAUCCUCUCAAUGAUAGCUCUGAUGGUGUGCUCUGCAGAGGACCUGAAGGAGAUAUCACUGAUACAAUGAUCUGUGGCACUAGACCUGUGUUAAAUGAAAGGAUUGUUGGAGGUGAGGAUUCAGUGUUAGGAGAAUGGCCUUGGAUUGGAUCACUUCAAAGGAGUAGUGCUGGUCAUCAGUGUGCAGCUUCCAUUAUCAGCAGAGAUUUGGCUAUCACUGCUGCACACUGUGUUGGACUCUUUGAUUACAUCAAUGUUGGUGUCAUUAGCAAAUCGACAGCCUCGCCCUAUCAACACAUAUCCCUUGUAGAUGUCAUAUCUCAUCCAGACUUUAUGAGAGCCAAUAGAGGUGAUGAUAUUGCUGUACUCAGACUUUUGGACCCCAUUCCUGAGUUCAACGAUUACGUUAGACCCAUCUGUCUGGCCACAUUUGAAGAUGAAAUCAAUAAUUAUAAGACAUGCUAUGUAUCAGGUUGGGGUGCAUUGGAAGAAGGUGGACCCAGUCCUGAUAUUCUUCAGGAUGCUAUUGUUGGUCUGAUAUCAGAUGAAGACUGUGCCAGUUCUUAUACUUCAUUCAGCAGUGAGUCCAUGAUAUGUGCUGGUUAUUUAGCUGGUGGUGUGGAUACAUGCCAAGGCGAUAGUGGAGGUCCAUUGAUGUGUGAAGGUACUGAUGGUAGAUGGCAUCUUGUUGGUAUAACAAGUUUUGGUAAUGGAUGUGCACGUCCUGACAACCCUGGUGUAUACACAAGAGUUUCUCGCUACAUUGAUUUCAUCAGUACAGUUAUUGACAAUGGAGAUCUAAGUAUGCCUUAAUCCUCCUCUUCAUCUCUAUCCUCGACAAAAUAACGUUGCUUUGGAAAGCUGUUCAAAAUUGUGUUGGACACAACUUUUGUUAUGCUUCCGUUUUGUUGGAUAAAUGGAUUCUUUAAGAGGUUGAUAAUUCUUUAUUCUGUGGCUUAUGGAUGUGAUAAACAUUUUGUACAAUUAGUUCUAAUUUUAUACAUGUAUUCUAUUCAUUAAGUAAUUGCGAUGGGGGGAUUUUUAACUAAUCUAGUGUUGUUGUUUUUUUGUUCAUAUGUAGUCAUAUAUAUAAAAUGAUAGUAUCAACUUCAACUAAUGAAAAUGAACUUGACCUGAACAUAUAAUAUGAUAUACUAUCAUGCACAUAAUGGAAAUCUUUCUUAAUU